CUGUAGCAUUAGGGUCUAGUUAGCUAUCAAUAGUUCAGGGACACAUCUUGGUCAUCUGUACGUUUGCCUGGGACAUAUUACAUGUUAGAUAUACCUCGUGUAUCAGCCCAGUGUCCCCACUACUUCCCAACAUGGCUGCACAAGAAAAGACCCGCGUGUGUUUGAUAGCUGUGGAUGGGAGCAAACAUUCAAAUUACGCCGUCGACUGGUUCAUUAAGUAUGUUCAUCGACCAAAUGACCGCACCAUCCUGAUCACGUGUGUCGAUCACACUACAGCUUUUGCCUACGGUAAUGUGUCCAUGGUACCGGGCAAUCCAGACGCCAUCACGCUGGCUUACAAACACGAGGAAAAGAAAGCGAAAGAUGUGCUGCACAAACUGGAGGAAGAAGUUUUAAAACACGGAGUGGUGGCGGAAACCCUAAAGGUCGCUGGCGAGGCCGGUGAAGUUAUAGUUCGGAAGGCAGUGGAAUACGAGGCAGACAUGAUUGUAACCGGAUGUCGUGGUUUGGGCCAGAUCCGGCGGACGAUGAUGGGCAGUGUUAGUGAUUAUAUCAUCCAUCACGCUCAUGUCCCCGUACUUAUCUGUCGUCACGAAUGAAUGACGUCAUCAUAUUCUAAUGGGAAAUUUACUUCGAAGACAUGUACCAUAUUAAAGAUUAGUAAUUGUGUGGUGAUUUCAACAUUUUGACUUUAAUAUCGGGAUUUUUAAUUACAUUCAUGCCAGUAUGAAGAAAAAUUGAGUAUAGUAUAAUUAUAUGAAUCCCGCUAUGAAUUCCUGUUGGCCAAUAUCGACUUGAAUGUUAAAAAGCUCACUUAUAUACAUUUAUCACAUCGCCCUGUUAUCCAGUGAAUUCGCCCGUGUAAUAUUUUUACAUAUGUCACUAGU